GUUCUUUCUGUCGUCGGUGCUUCUUUUGGCCUGGUUUAAUGUACACACCCACGUACUAAAGUCCGUGUCUCAUCCCUUGCGAUCGGCGGCUGAUUUGCCAGCUCCGUUCUCUGGCCCGCUCGAAAACUGGGACGCAUGGUUGCUGCGACACCUCUGCCCGUGCAUUCUCGGCAGCUGCUGCGGAAAUUUCGCUGCUUCUGACGCUCGCUCGCUCGCUCGCUCGUGUGCCCCGCGUGAGAGUGUCAGUGGAGUGCACCCCGUUCGCGCCCCCCGUGACCAAGACACCCCGUGCGUGCAACGCUGGCAGCCGACAACGGCCCUGAGAGUGGCUUUUCAAUCUUUUCAAUGGCACUUAGAUAAAAAUUGGAAGCCGUGUCCACGGUAGAAGCGAUUGGUGGUAGGAGAGGACAUGGCGACGAUAGACGGGAGACCUGCCAUGUAUGGGGUCACCCUCAAGCAGCUGCGGGAGCUCAUGGAGCACCGCGGUCGCGAGGGGGUGGCCAAGCUGGAGGACUUUGGCGGCGUGCAGGACAUUUGCAGGAAACUAUACACGUCGGCGACCGAGGGCCUGUCCGGCUCGGAGAACGACCUCGAGCACAGAAGAGAGACUUUUGGCUCAAACACCAUACCUCCCAAACCACCCAAAACGUUCCUACAGCUUAUCUGGGAGGCGUUGCAAGAUGUCACACUGAUCAUCUUGGAAAUAGCUGCGUUAGUAUCAUUAGGCCUAUCCUUUUAUCAACCACCAGACGAAGAAGAAGUUGUGUAUCCAGGCGACGAAGAAGGCCACCAUGGUUGGAUAGAAGGGUUAGCGAUUCUCAUCUCUGUUAUUGUUGUUGUGAUUGUGACCGCCUUCAAUGACUACACCAAAGAACGGCAGUUCCGCGGCUUACAGAGCCAAAUUGAGGGAGAACACAAAUUUUCUGUGAUCAGAGGAGGGGAAGUGAAGCAAAUAUUUGUCGGAGACAUCGUUGUUGGAGACAUUUGCCAGGUAAAAUACGGCGACCUUUUACCGGCGGAUGGAGUCGUAAUUCAAAGCAAUGACUUAAAAGUGGACGAGUCUUCGCUAACAGGCGAAUCAGACCAUGUGAAAAAGGGCGACAAAUCAGAUCCUAUGUUGCUCUCAGGCACGCACGUGAUGGAGGGUAGCGGGAAAAUGCUGGUUACUGCUGUGGGUGUCAACUCACAGGCUGGCAUCAUUUUCACCUUGCUUGGGGCUGCCGUCGACGAACAAGAGGCAGAGGCGAAGAAACGCAAAAAAGAAGCAAAAAAACAGAGGAACAAGAAGAGUUUGACAGGCGAGGAAAAGGCAGCCAUCGAAAACAGGAGCACCGCCGCAGCCAAAAGCGAGCCUGUGGAGGAAGUGGUGGUGGCUAAAGAAACAGAUGACAGUGCUAGCCACAAAAAAGAGAAGUCAGUGCUGCAAGCGAAGCUGACUAAAUUAGCCAUCCAAAUUGGCUACGCUGGUUCUACAAUUGCUGUGCUUACAGUGGUGCUGCUUGUGAUUCAGUUUUGUGUACAAACUUUUAUUAUCGAGGGAAAAACAUGGAAGAACUCGUAUGCCAAUCAGCUUGUGAAACAUCUAAUUAUUGGUGUUACCGUGCUGGUGGUCGCAGUGCCUGAAGGACUUCCAUUGGCUGUCACCCUCUCCUUAGCUUAUUCCGUCAAAAAAAUGAUGAAAGAUAACAACUUAGUUCGGCAUUUAGAUGCCUGCGAAACCAUGGGAAAUGCCACUGCCAUUUGCUCUGAUAAAACAGGAACAUUAACUACAAACAGAAUGACUGUUGUGCAGUCGUAUAUUUGUGAGAAAUUAUGCAAAACCACCCCAAAGUAUUCAGACUACCCGGAGCCAGUCAUGAACCUGCUGGUCCAAGCGAUCGCCAUCAACAGCGCGUACACGUCACAAAUUAUGUGCACGGAACCUGGCGAGCUUCCUAAGCAAGUGGGUAACAAGACUGAGUGCGCAUUGUUGGGUUUCGUGCAGGCAGUCGGCAAGAGCUACCAAGGCAUCAGGGAUGCGCAGACCGAGGAGUCCUUUACCAGGGUGUACACCUUCAACUCAGUCCGCAAGUCGAUGAGCACAGUCGUUCCAAGACCCGAUGGAGGCUACAGAUUGUUCACCAAGGGUGCAUCAGAGAUCGUAAUGAAAAAGUGUGCUUUCAUUCACGGACGUGACGGCUGCCUGGAGAAAUUCACUCGCGAAAUGCAAGACAGGUUGGUGCGAACGGUGAUCGAGCCGAUGGCCUGCGACGGCUUGCGCACCAUUUCGAUAGCCUACCGAGACUUCGUUCCUGGCAAAGCGGAAAUCAACCAGGUGCACUGCGACAACGAGCCCAACUGGGAGGACGAGGAGAACAUCGUCAAUAACCUCACCUGCUUGUGCAUCGUCGGCAUUGAAGAUCCCGUGCGACCAGAGGUGCCGGAUGCGAUUCGCAAGUGUCAGCGAGCAGGGAUCACGGUGCGAAUGGUGACGGGCGACAACAUCAACACGGCCAGGUCCAUUUCGAUGAAGUGCGGUAUCGUGAAGCCGGGCGACGACUUCUUGAUCAUCGAAGGCAAGGAGUUCAAUCGGCGCAUCCGCGACAGCCACGGCGAAGUGCAGCAGCACUUGAUCGACAAAGUGUGGCCCAAGUUGCGAGUGUUGGCGAGAUCUUCACCCACGGACAAGUACACACUCGUCAAGGGCAUUAUUGACAGCAAGAUAAGCGAGUCUCGAGAGGUGGUGGCUGUCACCGGUGACGGCACCAACGACGGCCCCGCACUCAAGAAGGCCGACGUCGGCUUCGCCAUGGGCAUUGCUGGCACCGACGUGGCAAAAGAGGCUUCCGACAUUAUUCUGACCGACGACAACUUCAGCAGCAUCGUCAAGGCGGUCAUGUGGGGCAGAAACGUGUAUGACAGCAUCGCAAAAUUCCUGCAGUUCCAGCUGACCGUCAACGUGGUCGCCGUCAUCGUUGCCUUCAUCGGAGCCUGCGCCGUGCAGGACAGUCCCCUCAAGGCUGUCCAAAUGCUGUGGGUGAACCUGAUCAUGGACACGCUGGCCUCAUUGGCCCUGGCCACCGAAAUGCCGACCUCUGACCUGCUGCUGCGGAAGCCCUACGGCCGCACGAAGCCGCUCAUUUCGCGCACCAUGAUGAAGAACAUCCUCGGCCAGGGGAUUUACCAGCUGAUCGUAAUUUUCACGCUGCUCUUCUUUGGAGACAAGCUGUUGGACAUUGAGUCAGGUCGUGGUCUCCCGGACGGCGUUCCCGGAGAGCACUUCACUAUUAUUUUCAACACCUUUGUUAUGAUGACUUUGUUCAACGAGAUCAACGCCAGGAAGAUUCACGGCCAGAGGAACGUCUUCAGCGGCAUUUUCACCAACCCCAUCUUCUACUCCAUCUGGGUCGCAACUAUGGUAUCCCAGGUCCUCAUUGUUCAAUUUGGUGGAGUGGCAUUCUCGUGCAAGAAACUGACGUUAGAGCAAUGGCUGUGGUGUCUCUUCUUCGGGGUAGGAACCCUAAUUUGGGGCCAAGUCGUCACAACCGUUCCCACCAGAACGAUACCAAAAAUAUUCUCCUGGGGUCGAGGAAAUCCUGCGGAGACAAUAGCUUUGGGCGAGGAGGGACUCGACUCCGACUCUGAUCGCAAGCCCAGAGCGGGUCAGAUCUUGUGGAUUCGCGGUCUGACCAGACUUCAAACUCAGGUGAUAGGUGGUGAAUUACAAGAAAGAUUGAUUCCGGUCCCGUACAGCAAGAGCUCCACAGAUCAAGCUAUCCGAGUAGUUAAUGCUUUCCGACAAGGUCUAGAUGCUCGUUAUUGCGAGAGAAGCAAUCCAUCCCUGGCCGCGGUGCUGCAAAAGCAGUCGUCGCUCAGUAAGAGACUUUCACAGACAUCUUCCAUUGAGUACGCAGACAACGUGCCUGACGAACUCACCAUUCCCGAGAUCGAUGUUGAGCGCCUGUCCUCGCACAGCCACACAGAAACCGCUGUCUAAUGUGUUAUUGUACAUUACGAGAUUCACAGAGCAGACACAAUAUACUUAAAAAAAAUGAUACACACACACACAUAAAUAUUAUAGCCCCCGCCCGCCCGCCCGCCCGCCUGCGCGCGAAGAAAGAGCAUUCACUCGUUUCGAGAGCAGUCGAAUGUGGUACAUUCAUUAUACUUGCAAUUGCACAACACGCCUGUGGCGUUCCUAAUUCAUUGUUAUUAUCCCCCGCCCCCUUGUUGAUUAAUCUCUAUGCGCUUUCGUUCCAUCGUGUGUCUCGUUAGGACCUUUCCGAGUGCUCAAAAAUCGCCUUGGCUAAAAUUUACCUUUUCAAUUGUUUGGGCGAAACUCGUUCGUUUGUUAAACUCGCCACUUACUCCAGAUCGCAGUGUCCAAAACAUUAUAAUUUUUUUAAUAGCGUUCAAUUCCAGUGACGAUUGAAAUAAAUGUAAUAUUAUCAAAGCUUAUAAAUUGAGCUGUCACGCGAAGCUAUUGAAAACGCUAAAAAUUUCAAAACGAUUGAAAAAUGAGACGAAAAUUAUCAUUUGACUCGCGUUUGAAGCUAAAAUACGAUUUUGUGCUUAAAAAUUCUGCUAAAAACAACUUCUAAAAGCUCAUUUUCUAAGCCUUUGAACAAUGUGCUAUUUUAAAUAGAUAUUUUCUGAUAAUUCGUCCCUUCUAAUUCGUGAGUACGCGACGCGCGUUUCACGGUGACUUUGACUUGACCAAUCUCGAAAAUUCCAAAAUAUUUCACCAGAAAAAAUAAAGUUUCCCUAUUUUUUAUCAUGCUUCUAUGCAUUUUUUAGUAAUUAAAUAAUUUAAUUUAGUGGACUGAAAAAACUGGACACUGUGGAUUUCUAGAAAAGCAGCGACUUUUUGAACACAUUUUCACUUUGCUCAUUGUUGAUUUUGCAUCGUCCAGUUUAAUUGUUGACAGCUAGCUUCAUGCACUACCGCAGACGCGAAGCAAUGAACAUGAAAAAAAGGCUUUCUUGAGCGCAACUCGGAAUAAACUCACGUGUGUUUUUAACUUAAGGACGCAUUUUGCCGAUUGAUUGAGACGCAAACACGGCGAAUGGUUGAAAAAUUGUUACUGAAUUGUAUAAAUUAUACUAACACGAAAAGCAACUCUUUCUGUCAUGCUUACACGAUAUCCGUUUUUCUACUGAGACGCAUCACUUUCAUAUAUUAUUGGAGCUCUUGGCCAAAUUUUACACAUAUGAUCUUGUUGUAUUUUGUACACACGCAUUCUCGCUGAUCAUUUUUGUCUGUUAUGCUUUUUUGAUCGUGUCCCACGCAAAUUGUGGAAUAGAAGAAAAUUAUUCCUCACACACGUGUCUGAUGCGAAUUUGUAUAAUACUCGGAUCAAACGGAAAAUUAAUAGGUAACCGAUAUUUGCACUCGGACGUUUGUAACCAGAGACAGCAAUAUUAAUUAAAAAUAAAUUAUAAUCUAGGCGCGCGCGUUUGCAAGAAGUCUAAAAUUUCGGUUCGUCUUGAGUUCGCAAUUAGCUGUACACUUAACCUACGCUAAGGCACAUUUUAAAAGCUAAUAAAAUAACACACGUGUAAAAUUAAUAUAUAUUUCAUAAAAUAGUAUUAUUACGUAUGAUAUAAGCGAUAUAAAAGAUAAUUUAAUUUAUUUUACAAGGUAUAUCGGUGUGUGCACUACUUGGAUAAUUAAGCAGAGCAAUACUUGAGCACGUUUUUAUAUCCAGCUCUCAUUUGGUUUAUCUGCUGUGCGCGUAAACGAAAAUAUCUAUAAACGAGGUAUACCGUAAAAGGAGCAUGUGUAAUUUAUAUCCUACUGACAAAAAAAACGGAGAGAAAACAAGCAAGAAGGAGACUUUCACUGAAGCUGUGCAUGAAAUAUAAAUUGAAUGAAAAUAAAGAAAACAUCAAAUUUGACGCUGUAAUUUAAACUAAUAUAGCAAUAGAAAUAAUAAAAGUGUUUCAUUUAAAAUGAAAAUCAAAAUAUGUAUAGCGAAAGUUCCUCUAGAAUGUGUUGUUGAUUGUUUUGCGGAUACAACGAAGCGCCGCUGUUCAAAUUCAGGGUUCGGAACGAAAUUCAUUCCAUUUCAAUUCCAAUAAAACCUGCUCGGAGAUGCAAUAUCUCUUCUUGUGCUCAAUGAGUGUAAUUCAAAGACGAAUAGUGCCUUGACAUCAUUGCGUUCGAAAAUUUCCAUCUGUUGGUUCCGUAAUUGAGCUCCUCUCUCUUUCUCUUUCUCUCUUUCUCAGCCUGAAGAAACUUUUUAUGCCCGCCCGCCCACCCACGUGUAUUUCCGAACCCUGCUGGUCUCGAAAAGCGGCUGCUUUUCUACUCUGCGUGCAUAAUAUCGGUUACCUGCCAUCUUUGAGAAUAUGCAGAUUCUCAUCAAACAGUCUCUCUAUCUCUCACUCUCACAAGCUGCACAAAAAUUAAUGUGAAAAUCUAAAAUUUUUCGCUAUCGCAUCACUCACUAUAAAACUAAUCUUGUUAUACCACGACGUAUUGUUAUGUUGUUUUGAGAACCAAUACUCUACGAUGUGCUUCUUUCAAUAUAGAUGAUACUCGAUCCUUUUAGUAAAGGUUAGUGGAAACAUGCAAAAUAUACACACACAAACACACGAAAAACGCUAAUAAUAUUUAAAAAAGAAAAAUCCAAAGUAAUUUGAAGGGAAUAAAGACAUCUUGCACCAGUUACGAAAGAAUCCAUUAUUGUUGUGCGCGUGUAGUACAUUUAAUUCAAGACUCGUUAUAGACAAAAAGUUACGACCAUUAUUUAGAUGCAAAAAAAAGAAUAAAUUUGGCCAUCAUGAUGCACCACUCACUCGGUAAAUUAUUAUCAUAGUGAACAGUAGAUUACGACUUUCAAACAAUAGCAAAUAGAGGAACAAUAAAUGAGCCAAAAUACAAUUUUAUAUAGCAGUUUUGCGUUUUUACCUCAUCCUCCGUUUGCGUUUCCACGGGCACUUGACGAAGGCCGUAAUCUACUUUCGAUUGUUAUAAAAUAUUGUGUGUCAAAAAACGCAAUAUCUCUUAUUGUGCGAACAGCAGGUAAAAAUCUCACUGAUUAUUUGUUGAAUUUAUAUAGUCGAUAUGAGAUCAAAAGAUGAGACGUGUAAUAAUUUUAACUGAAGACCACCUUAAAAUCCACACGACUGCAAGUAGAAUGUACACUACUAAUUAUUAAAAAUUACUGAGACGUGGCAAGACACGCAAAUCUUCAAUACUCUCUCUCUAUCUCUCUGACUCUUUUGUGUCCAUCGCAGUAGUAUUUGCAGCGCUUGGAACUUAUUAAAAGAAAAAAAAUAGUAGGAGUGUGUGAGAUGCAGCGCGGUUUGAUUGUUUAGUAAACACAAAAACUCAACAAACAUAGUUCAAACAAGAAUUUUCGCUUUGUAUUCCAAGAAAGAUAAGAAAAGGAAAUUGUUCGGAGCGCAGUCGUUUAAGAAAAGUGUUCUAGGCCCAAAUCUAUGAAAUAGGUUCACACACACGAGAUAUUUUCAAAAUCAAUCUCAAAGCUAGUAAUUCCUGUCUUGCGAGAAAUUAAAACAGACACGAGAGAAAGAGAUAAAAUACACAUUAAACAUUAACAGAGUAGCAGUAUACAAAAAUAUAGCGAGUUGCAAGAAAAUAAUACACACCUUGAGGAGAGUAUGUGAGCAAAAAAUUGACAUACACACUCCCUCACUCACUACGUAUAAUUAAAAAAGAUGCAGCAGCAGCGUUAAUGUGUAAUUAUUUUUAGUUUUUCACUCUCUUUGAUGAGGAGCGUGUUGCAGUUUAAAUGAUGAACCAGUGUACGUAUUAUUUGAUUCCACAACCAGUACGACAAUGAUUCAAACACACACACUCACACACACACACACACGUACGUUUAUAAAUAACAAAACUCUUGCGCAACAGGUUAUUGUAUAUCAUACAUUGCAAGAUACAUUGUAAAAUAAUGUAAUACAAAAGAAAAACGCUAUGAAAUAUAAACACAAAAUAUUUUUUUGUGUAUGAUGCCUUUUCGUUUAAAAUAAUAUAUAAAUAUAUAUGUUCAUAGCCACCAUUAUUAACCGUUUUUACAAAAAUAAAAUUUUUAAUGUCUCAAAUAAAUACCUUGUUGAAAAUAUUA